GCAAAGGCAUGGGGGCAGAAGGGGAAACGGAACCCCUCUGAGUUGCGGGUUUCGCAGGCUGUCCUAACAACAACACCCAGCAGCUGCUGGAACAGCUGCAGCUGCAGUAGCAGCAGCAGCCGAGGAAUGCAGGCAGGCCAGACUGGUUAGGUUGGGGCAAGGCAGAGCAGGGAACGGAGAGACCGAGGGGUGGAGACUUGCCUGCGGCUGCCUGGCCUAGGUGUGCUGAGAUCUGACUCUUCGACUGUUUAACAACAGCCAUGUUCCGGCCUAGCUGAGCUCCAGCCCGGCACUCCAUGGGGAGGACCACGCUGAGUGCCCUGCUGCUGCUGCCCACCGCCUUCCUGCUGAGCCUCUUGCAUGCUGCACCCCGAAAUCACCUGCCUCCUACCCGCCCGCAGCUCCUCACCAACUUCGAAUGCUGGAAUGCUACUGUGUAUGGUGCCCUGCCUCGGUCCAAAUUCCGAUGCCAGCGGAAGCUGCAGGAAGACCUAUCGUUGCGUGUGCCCAGCCUUAGCCUAAGCCCAGUUCAGCUGUUCCGCAAGGGCCAGACGUGUGUGCGUGUUCGCUUGGCUUUGAACGCUACAGGCAUUGAAGGACUGGAGCUGCAUUUCCUGGUUAUAAGUUCUAAACGCUCUGGCUGGCUUCAGAUCUUCAGAGGAGCAAACGCUGGAACCUUGUGGCAGGUGCUGUUUGACUGUUUCCCAGCAGAGAGUGGCCGCCGGGUGCUUGUUUCGCUGGAAACCAUUCCUGGCGGGGUGCUGAGCAUGAACGAAAGCCUUUUCAUCCCUCACAACCAAUUAGAAGUUCCAGAGUUCCACCACAGAUGGGUGCCAGCAGCACGGGCUAUUGAGGUGUCUGUCACCGAGGGCCCUGACAUCACAGUACGCCUCUGCCACCAGCUGGCUCUGGAGUGCGAGGAACUGCGCCAGCCUUUCCACCAGCAGGUUCUGGUCUCCAAGCAUCACCCUGCUCUGCUGACGUAUGAGCUCCUGCUCCCAUGCUUAUGUAUCGAGGCAUCGUAUCAUGAGCACCACGACAGCCUGCGCAAAAAAGCGUGCCCUUUCUGGGAUCAGCCAGAGGCCUAUGGUCCAGAUCUGUGGUCCUCGGUGAUUUUUCGCAACUACAGCAACAGCGGCAAGGCUGAAAUGGCUAUGUCUCUGAGCGGCCGCUGCCUGCUUCAUCCCACUGCUUCCCUAUGCUGGAAAGAAAGCGCCGCUCCGGGUGCGGCCUGUCAAGACAUCCCCAAUUCCACAGUCACAGGAUUACGUCAGGAGUAUAUCUUUAAGGAGGUGGAUGUUCACCCUCGGCUCUGCUUCAAGUUUUCCUAUGGAAACAGCGUCCACAUUAAGUGCCCACUCCAGACAGACACUGCCUGGAAUGUAUCUAUGAGUGUCAAGCCUUGGCAGCUCCACUUGCACUUUCAUUCUCGCGUACCAGCAUCCUUCAGCUCGGCCUUAUGUCAGAAGCAAUCUCCGCGCCAGUGUGAGCCUGAACCACCUGUCUACACCAUCACCCAUCUAGAGGGAUCAAGCCUGGGAGACCUGGACCUCAUCCUUCCUUGGCGGACCUUGACAAGUUGUGUACUGGUCUGGCGUUCAGAUGUGCGCUUCGCUGGCAAACAGCUUCUGUGCCCAGAUGUGACUCACAGGCACUGGGGGCUGCUGGCCUUUGGAGUGAGUCUAGGACUAGUGUUGCUGCUGGUCGCAGUCGUUCUGCUAAUUCGCUGUGUUCUGCGCAGGCUUCAUAGAGACGUACCGGGCAAGAGCCAUUCCCGCCCCAUCCUGCUGAUCUAUUCCCCUGACUCGGAGGAGCACAAGCAGUUGGUGUGCGCUUUUGCGGCGCUGCUGCGCUCGGCCCUGGGCUGCCCCGUGCUCUUGGACCUCUGGGAGCUGGGCCACGUGGGGCGGCUGGGCAUCUUGCCCUGGGUGUAUGCCCAGCGAGAGCAAGUCAGCCGGGAGCAGGGCCAGGUCCUGCUGCUGUGGAGCGUCGGCAGCGCCCGCGCCUACGGGCUGUGGCAAGGGAAGGCCGCCAGGUGCGGCGGCGCGAAGGCACCGGAGCCCCACGACCUGUUUGGGGCAGCCAUGGCCUGCUUGAAAGGCGAACUGCAGGGGGGGACUGGGGCCGUGCGAGGAAAGGGCGACUGGGUCAUCGCCUACUUCAGCAAACUGUGCGGCCGGCGCAAUAUCCCCCGGGCCUUGCACUUCCUUCCUCGAUACCGCCUGCCUCAGGAACUGCCAGGCCUGGUCAGGGUGCUUCAGGGCCCUUCCAGCUCAGCUCCAAGAUGGCUCCGCGCCAGCGCUAAGGCCCUGGUGUGCCGCCUGCUCAAGGCCGAGAGGAAGAAAGCUCCGCAGAGCCAGAGGCAUCAGCCUUGGAGGUCGGCCACGGAGAAGUUUGCGAGCUCCCUGGUCCCUUUCGCUCCUCAUCCCAAACUGCGCAGGCCGAGCUGCGCUUGAGCAGCUACACUUGAGGAGAGACACGCAUCCCGGUGGAGAACGUGUGGGGUUGUGAAAUGGGGCUCUCCCCCGUUACAGGACCUAGGAAGCCAGGCGUUUGCAGCCUGCUAGGUCUGCGGAUGUGAAAAAGGAAGGUCCAAAUUCGUUGUCCUAAGCUAAAGGAGAGGCUGCUCUGCUUGAUAAGGAAGCCCAAUGCUACAAAAAAAGAGCAGCCAAACUUGGCCGAGUUGGAGGCUUCUCCACCGGCUAGGCCUCGUCUCGCACAGCGGUUAUGGAAACGGUUGCCAUGGAAAUGAUAGUGCGGUGCAAGUUAAUGCCAGCCAUGGCACAGGAAAGGUCAGGAGGCCGCGCUGUGUGGCAUUGGCGCCAGAAGAGGGGCUGUGCAAUAUUGGAGUCGUGUCUUGCCAUGAGUAAUUUAUGUGAUGCUGCAAUACCCCCAAGAGAAGUGCUCUGGAGGACAGUCAUAUCGACCCUACUGCAACUGAAUUGGCUAACAGGAAACCUUAAACUGCUCACCGGCAGGUCAUUUCAAGGCUGUAGCUGCAGAACUAACCUGCCCCCCCUCCACUCUCUGCAUUUUCUGCUUUCAUUUUAAAAGCGGGUUUCUCUAGCAAUUUAACUUGUGAAUAUAUGAGGGGAAUUAUGGAGGCAGCAUUCUGCCCAACGGUAAGCUAUUAAGGAAUAUACGAUUAAAUAACUACAAAUCUAUCAAGCUACCUGUUCUGGUCACCAACCUGCCUCUCGUCCGAAUAAAUACAAAGCAAGCAUGUCACUAAGGAUUACGUUGAGGGAACACUUUUUUGUUUUGUCGUGUGUUUGUCGAAUGUGUUGGGGGGUAUCUUUUAUAUGAAUCCUUAUGUUCUUUCCCCCCCUGUUUGGAAUACGAUAAUAA